GCUGUCAGGUGGAUCCAACACGUUUUGAGCUACCGCCUGAUCGUCAGGCUACACGUUGAUUUUUGUUGGAUUUUUACCGGGGAGGUUUUCAGAUCUGCAGCUGCGUCAAGUCAAACCGCAUUACACCGGAAAUAAUACGAUUUUUCGACCAAAGUUGUGAUUUCACAGUUACUCGACCGAGUUUUAAUUAAGAAAGAACUUUAUUUUGAAAGUUGGAACCAGUUCUGUGUGACAUAAACGUGAACGCUGGUCGGCUGGGAGCAUAUUGUGGGCUAAAACACGCUCCCACUUAGGAGAAGUUUGUUGUGAUUUAACUGAGUUGUUUGAGGUCCCUCCUAUUUCCAAUUAACUCCCACCUUUCUUUGUCUCAGCACUUUUUUUAAUGACAAACGUGAAACGUUACCUCAUCUAGCUUGUCGGUUGGCUGGUUGACCGGGGGCUGCUGCUGUCAAACCUUCGUUGACAUGGAUUUGUUGCACCGACGAAGGACGGAUUGAAAAGUUUGGGAAUUUCCAUCAUUCACCAGCUACAGCAGCGACAAACGGACUAACUGCAACUACUUUUUUGAAAAACAAGUUGUAAGUAGCUUAUUUAGCUAAAGACAUGCAAAAGUUCAACUCCACCGGUACCCACGGCAACACGCUGCCCCGGGACGCGGAGCUCCAGCUCCGGUUAGCUGACAGCGGAGGGACCGGGGAAGGGAGGGAGAACGGUGCUGGGAAGCAUUUCCUCACCCAAACUGAGGAGGAGAGCUCGUUUUGCACCAAGAGAAAGAUGCUUGUCGGCUUGGAUGUAAUAUGUCUUUUUGUCGCCUCCAUCCCAUUCUUUGCAUGUGAGUUGAAGGCAGUGACUCCGUACAAACGAGGCUUUUUCUGUGGAGACUCCAGUAUCACCUAUCCCUACGUGGAGAGAGAGGCCAUCCCUGACAGCCUGCUCAUCGCUGGCGGUAUAGCCAUCACUGGCCUAACGAUUGCACUGGGUGAAUGCUACCGGGUGCGUUUCCGAGGUGUACACUCGCGGGCUUUUGUUCGAAACCGCUAUGUGUCAUGCCUGUACAAGGAGCUGGGAAGCUUCCUGUUUGGUUGCUGUGUGGGUCAGUCUCUCACCAAUAUGGCCAAACUAAGUGUGGGGCGUCUGCGACCCAACUUCCUGUACGUCUGUAACAUCACCUAUGCGUCCAUCAACUGCAGUCCAGGCAGCUAUGUGUCCCAAGUCAACUGCAGGCAGCAUAAUCAGAAGAUGGUGGAGGAGGCAAGGAAGUCUUUUUUUUCUGGCCAUGCUUCCUUUGCAAUGUACACCAUGCUCUAUCUGGCAUUUUACCUGCAGGCACGGUUGUCGUGGCGAGGAGCUCGGCUGUUGCGUCCACUAAUACAGUUCCUCUUAUUGAUGAUCGCCAUCUACACCGGCUUGAGCCGCAUCUCUGACUACCGUCACCACCCCACCGAUGUCCUCACAGGCUUCAUCCAAGGAGGGCUCACUGCGUACUGGGUGGCCUUCUACAUCUCCUCCAUGUUUAAGCCCUGCGCCCGUCCAGACCUGUCUCCCACUAGCACGUCCCUGGAGAGUCCACUGUGCAGCCAGCAAACUGUCUGUUAGCAGGCACAUGCAAUCAUUUCGGGAAUCAGAUGAUAAGAGAAGACUGACUGCAGAAAGACAGAGAGAAUGUCAGAUAGCACAGGUGAGCAGCAGAGAGAAGGGAGAGUAGGUUUUUAAGAAAGGGAAUUAUUCUAAGAGAGGGACACAAUUAAAAGUCUACACAUGCUUGCUCUUUUGGGCAUACUGCUACACAUACAAAACAUACAUUCACACAGUAAUCUAAGAUACAGUGAAAUACAAGAAGCACAUAUGACUGUGAGUCAAACCCGUCCAGUGAAAAGAACUGCAUAGUAAUAUUUUUAUAUAUGAAAAAAUAAAAUAAAAUAAAAAGUCUAUUUUUCAAGAGGAUUUUUAGAAGCUGCUAAUGUUGAUAGUUGCCAGUCUGAACUUGUUUUCUUCUGUGAUUGAGGCAUUUGGUCAGUGCAUUUGGUUCGCUUUCAAAGCAGAACUGCUCGCUCUUUGGUCUUGGGUGAGAGAGGAGAAAACGCCCACCUCCUCUUUGUUUUUGAUCCUCUGCUCAGCUUUGGAAGACAUUACCCCGCCGCUGUGAACUGAGACCAUCAGACCUCAGAUGUAAAGACAGCUCUGUACAAAGUUACAGAACUGGCAGCGAUAAGGAACAAGCACUGGCUCCAACUUCUAACCGUUUUUACCUUCCAGUGGCCUGAUGUGUCACUGCUCUAAUCAGACUGCCCUACAACACUAUGACUAAAAAAUAACCUGUAUGUAAGCAAAGAAGACAGUAUUUGUGCUGUAAUACAAUGUUAUCUUUCUUUUUUGUGAGUAACCAAGGCAGUGACAAAGAGGAAUCAGGUUAACUUCCUCCUCUUCGCUGCCACUUUUCUGUACUAACCACUUUUGACUGUGUCUCAGAGGCGGAGUUUUGACUGAAUUUUUUAACCUUUGACUCUUGCCCCUGGACUCCAAUCUCUGAGCUGCACCUUGAUUUAUGCCACUCUGUGACAGGAGAGCUGACAUGGUCGUGUGACCCCAGCGGCCCUCCUGUGCAUCUUUAUUAAUAGCACUUGAACGUACAUAAUGGAACCUUCUAAUUAUAAUCAAUAUUAUAUAUUUUAUCACAAUUUUAAAUAAUCAGUGUUUAUUUUUGUUAAUGUCAGACUCAUACACUAUAUUUGUUUUUUGUUUUUUUUUCUUGAAAUGAUAAUUAUUCAAAUUGAAUGUAAAUAGCUAUGUCAUUUUAUAAACUACACAGAAUUUCAAAAGUAUUAGUUCCAGUUUUGGACAGUUUUUACAUGUUUAUGUUUGUAUUUACAUUUGUGUUGAUCAGGUACGGAGACUUACUAUUGUAUCUGUUGUAACUACUAGACUGAGCCACGGAUAUUAUCAGAAAGCUAUAUUUUUUGUGUUUUCAGUUAUUGUUCCAUGUUUGUUUUGUCUGUGAAUGCCAGAAAGGCAGAAAUAACCACUGUAAUCAAAAAACCAAACCAAUAAAAUGAAUGUUGAAUGUUUUUAA